UUUUAUACUCAUUCGGUCUCUAUUACCAGUUACCACUUCACAGCUAAACCUCAACUUGCUUUUUCAGUUUCCUCCACUACGAAUCUCUAUAUUUCUCUUCCCUCCUAGUUCUUCUCACCUGUUAUUCCUAGUAUAAUACGACGUCGGGUCAUUCGUAAAGAGAUGCUUCCUUUUCAAAGCUACUAUGGUUUUGAUCAACAAGAGAAGAUGAGUCAUGAACCACCAAACUUGGUGGUCAACUUGAUGGACGGUGGAGAUUCAACGAUGAGCUCGGCGUCAAGGGUGGAGAGAAAAUCAGAAGAAGCAUGUCGGAGUCACAAGGAAGCUGAGAGGAGACGCAGGCAGAGGAUUAACGCUCAUCUCUCCACACUUCGUACUCUCUUACCUAACACCACCAAGACCGACAAGGCUUCGUUGCUAGCAGAGGUUGUCCAUCACGUGAAGGAGCUGAGGAAGCGAGCUGAUGACAUGGCGAAACAGGAUGGGGACACGUGGGUUUUUCCGAGCGAGUCGGACGAGGCGAGUCUGAGUUAUUGUGACGAUGACGGUGAUGGUGGUGAUAAUAAUAAUAAUAAUAAUAGUAAUUGUAAGGAGAUGAAAGCAACUUUGUGUUGUGAGGACCGACCCGGUUUGAAUGUUGAUUUGGCCAGAGCCAUUCGGGCGGGUCGGGCCAGGGCGGUCAGGGCAGAGAUGAUGACGGUUGGUGGGCGGACCAAGAGUGUGGUGGUGGUGAAAUGGGCUGAGAGUGUUGGUGGAGAGGAGGAGAUUGGGGCCUUGAAAAGGGCUUUGAAGGCUGUGGUGGAGAACCGGGUCUCGGAUUCUGGGUUGAGCCGGGUUGUGUCUGGAAGUAAACGGGCUCGGGUUUAUGGUUCGGUUAAUGAGGAGGGCGAUAAUGAGUUUUUUUGAUUUGACUCAUUUCUUGGAUUUGUUUUUGGCUUUUAUAGAAUGUAAAGGUGUAAAAAACAAGAAGACAAAGAGCAUUUGCUUCUACCAAAAAAAAAAAAAAAAAGAGCAUUUGCAUGUUGAGUAUAUUCUUCUACCACGUUGUUUCUCAUUCGCUCAUUCCUACAAAUGUAUUGUAAAUGUCAAGAAUAAAACAAAUGUCUUAUUAUUAGUCAGUCCCAAGAAAAAAAAAGCCAAAAAGAGAAGAAAAGAAAUAGAGUUGUAUGGGUAGAAGGAAUAGUAUGAGAUGGAUUGAUUGGGUUUUAAAACAAUGUUGGAGGAGUUUGGUAGAUACAACACUGCAUUACAUAUGCCUAAAACUGAUUAUAUGUCA